AUUUGCCUCUAUAAUACGGUGCCUUUAAAGGCACGAGGUUUAUUUCGCCUUUGGAUUUUCAAAGAGAAUUUAUGAAAUGUAACGCAAAUAGCUGUUUAGCAGCUUACCCAGAAGGUACCUAUUUUUGUCGUUUACUGAGGGGAAGCAAACAAAGGGGAAAAGAACACACCUAGAAGACACAUUUUCUAACUGGCUAUAUUAAGAACAUUUCUCAAAUUUAGAACAGAUUGAAAAAAUAACUUAUUACAGCUUAAAAGACGUAUUUGUCUCUGGCAUAUAUUAUGUUUGUUUUGUAAUUACCUAUUAUUUUUUCAUCACAUUUUCUACGUUACCUAAGAUUAACAAAUGUUUUUUUUUUUCUAAAAACAUUAGUUGUCUUAUACAUGAAUACAAGUCAAAAAGAUUUGUUUAUUUUAUUAAGUAAAAACAUAUUUUCGAGAUGAAGUUUUUACCGCAUUUUGCAGUACGAGAAUUUGAUUAAACUAAAGCAAAUAACAUUACACGAUACGUCAACGAAACUUUUCCAGUUAAGCAAGAAAGUUAAAAAUUUUAUUUACGGAGAUGGAAUAUGCAUUGGAAAAAAACGAGGGCUAUUAUAAUGAAAUUAAUUUCAGCAAUCUGAGUGCACUAAUGCGUGCUUCUUAUAAUGGCAAAACUAGGCUAGUAAAGAAACUACUAAUAAGGAAAGAAAAUAUUAAUCGCAUUCAAGAUAACGGUUGGAAUGCAUUAAUGUUUGCAUCUAAAUCUGGAUACUAUGAAACGGCUACGUUACUUAUUCAAAGUGGGGCUGAUUUUAAGUGUGUCGAAAAAAGCGGCAGAGAUGCAUUGAUGAUUGCAUCUGAAUUUGGACAUAAUAAAAUAGUUGAGCAAUUGCUUGAUAGUGGAGCUGAUUUUAAACGAUGUAACUCAGAUGGAUGGAAUGCAUUAAUCUUAGCAUCUCAGAAUGGGUACACUGAAACAAUGCAAACUUUACUAAAUCAUGGGGCAGAUAUUCAUCAUGGUGAUUUAGACGGAUGGAAUGCAUUAAUGUUUGCAGUACAAAAUGGGUAUCUUGAAUCAGUAAAACUAUUACUAAAAAGAGGAGGAAAUAUUCAUCAAGUUGAAAAAAUUGAAUGGAAUGUGUUAAUGAUUGCAUCACAAUUUUCCUGUAGUGAUACGAUUAUUGAUGUACUUCUUGAAAACGGAGCUGAUGUUAACUACGCUAAAGCAGGAGGAUCGAAUGCACUUAUGAUUGCAUGCAUCAAUGGACGCGAAAGAACAGUUGAAACGUUGUUGAAGAAUGGAGCUAAUGUCAACAGCUGCAACGAAUCUGGUCUUGAUCCAUUAAUUCUUGCUUGUGCAAACGGACACACUAAAAUAGUUCAGAUACUAAUUAAAUUUGGAGCUAAUGUUAAUCACUGUAACACAGAAGGACGGGAUGCAUUAAUGUUUGCAUCGCAAACAGGAAAAGAUGAGUCCGUGCAACUAUUAAUAAACAGCGGAGCUGAUAUUGAACGAAGUGAAAAUAGGGAUGUGAACUCGUUACUCAUUGCCUCUAGCGUUGGACACCAUAAGAUUGUUGAAUUAUUAAUAAAAAACGGAGCCAAUGUCAAUCGUAUUGGCAGGAGCGGAUUGAAUCCAUUAAUAACUGCAUCUCACAGAGGACAUGAGAAGACAGUUGAAAUAUUGCUUAAAAAUGGAGCGGAUGUUAGCCACACAGAUUCAUACGGAGAAGACGCACUAAUGCUGGCAGCUGACCAAGGACACAGCAAAACGGUACACAUGUUAUUACAACAUGGAUCAGACAGCAACCGUGUUGAUACAAACGGAAACAACGCGUUGAUAUUCGCGUCAAAAUCCGGUCACAAUAAAAUAAUAGAGUUACUAAUACAGUAUGGAGCAGAUCUGAAUUACUGUAAAACAGAUGGAUGUAAUGCACUAGUGAUUGCAUCAGAAAGAGGGCACAGUAGAACCGUGAAUCUACUACUAAAAAAAGGUGCCCAUAUUAAUCCCAAAGAAAACAAAACGAUUAAUGCAUUAACAGCCGCGUAUAGGAAAGGUCACUAUAAAACCCUAGAGUUAUUGAUAAAUCAUGCAGGUGAUUUGAAUAUGUUACAAGCAAACGGAGAUAGUGCGCUACUGUAUGCAUCUGAGAACGGAUUUCAUAAAGUAAUCGAACUAUUACUAAACAAUGGAGCAAAUAUUAACUGUGUUGGGGAAAACAGAUGGAAUGGGCUCAUGCUAGCCUCUAAAAAUGGGCAUUAUAAAGCAAUUGAAGUACUUAUUAAAAACGGAGCCGAUAUUGAACACACAGAGUCUAACGGAAUGGACGCUCUAAUGAUCGCAUCUAAAAACGGUAAACAUAAUGUAAUAGAAUUGCUGAUUAAAAGCGGAGCUCAGGUUAAUUGCUUAACAGUGACAGGAUGGAAUGCAUUACUAUUUGCAUCACUAAACGGACAUGAUAAAAUAAUAGAUUUGCUGAUUAAAAACGGAGCAGAUAUUAAUCACACGGACCGACAUGGCUGGGAUGCACUUAUGACCGCAUCACAAAAUGGGCAAAAUACAGCAGUAGAAAAUCUUCUUCGAAAUGGAGCAAAUAUCAAUUAUAUCGCAAAAGAUGGAUGGAAUGCUCUAUCAAUUGCAGCUCAAAACGGACAUUAUAAAACAGUACACUUGCUAAUCAAUACGAUCACUAAAGAUUAUGAAAAUUUGUCGAAAUAUCUGUCGACAAAAGCAAGCUGUGUGUUUAGAAGUAUCCAUGCAGCCGAAAUAAUUUAUCUCUCGUUUGAGGUUGAAGCGAGAAAAGCAUUAGAACUAUUGUCAGCCUAUUUUCAAGGUCAUUUGGAUGACACAUUUUUAGCAAGCCAGAUACAGGAUAUUUGCAGAUAUUGUGAAAAAUGUAAGUGUAAAUAA